UCUUGGUUUUAUGUUUACGUUAUCUAAUUCCGCUACGAGCCUGCUAAUGCUGUGGCUGUGACCAAUAAUCGUCGUUUAUUAAACAAUUAAAAUAUGUCCACCCGGUGGUAUCCCAUCUACCAACGGGGCAAUCCCCAGCUGCGCGUAUUUCUACCAAAUUUCUGGCUCAAACUUGUCCGACCCGAGCAUGAGCAACCACCGAAUGUUGUGCAGUUUGCCUGUUCCAUGGAGAUGACCAAAUAUGAUGUGAAGAAUUACCUGGAAAAAAUAUACAAUGUGCCGGUGGUCGAAGUCCGAACCAGGAUAGCGAUGGGCAAAACAAAACGGGAUCUCGUUCAUGGCUAUAUCACGAAAAACGAAGACACUAAAAUGGCCUACGUAACGCUGCCCAAAGACAUGAAAUUCGAGUUCCCAAACAUGUUCCAGGAUGAAGCCAAGAAGAAAGAAGAGGACGAUAAGAAAUCGCUGGAAGAAACCAAAAAGAAUUACAAAAAGUUCCUCGACAAAAACAAGCAUCGACCGGGCACUCCCGGGUGGUUUACGAUUUAGUUUAACUGUUGAGAAUAUAAAAUUUCAAUCUUUAAAA